ACGACCAAAGAAUCCAGGGGCGGCUGGCUUAGUUUCUUUGAGACCAUAAACUCCAGACCUCAAGCCCACCCCCCGUUGUCCAUCUCCAUCUUCUCAUUCAACGUCUGUAUAUCUAUUCUUAUUUAUUGAGGUUUUGGAGGAUCAGAUCUCCGAUUUGCUCAUUCCACUCCAUUCCAUUCAAAUCUUGUUUUUCUCUCAUAAGGUUGACAACCCAAAAUACAUGCGGGUUAUGACGUCUGUCAGGUGGAUAUGACAUUGCCAGAACUUUGAAACAAUAUAUCAAAUGGAAACGAGUAUCUUUGUCUAUCUACAUUGUGGUUGAAGCCUCACUGCAUGCCAAAUUGAAUAUUGAAUAAAAUGGCAUCAGCUGUUACAGAUAUAGUGACUACUGCAGUAGAUUGGGUGACAUUGGCAUUUAAUGCUCCUUUACCCCGGGCUGUUGUUUUUGGAGUGCAAAUUGGCGGGCAUUUGUUUGUGGAAGUUGUUCUUCUGCUGGCCAUUAUUUUCCUACUUUCCCAAAAGAGCUACAAACCCCCUAAACGCCCACUAACAAAGAAGGAAAUAGAUGAGCUGUGUGAAGAAUGGGUUCCAGAAUCCCUGAUUCCUCCUCUUACAGAAGAGAUGCAGUGUGAACCUCCAGUAUUGGAAAGUGCCGCAGGGCCACAUACAGUAAUCAAUGGCAAAGAAGUAGUGAACUUUACUUCAGCAAAUUACCUUGGAUUGAUUGGACAUGAGAAGUUACUGGAAUCUUGCACUGCUGCACUGGAGAAAUAUGGUGUUGGUUCUUGUGGUCCUCGUGGUUUCUAUGGAACAAUCGAUGUUCACCUUGAUUGUGAGGCCAGAAUAGCAAAAUUUUUGGGCACUCCUGAUUCAAUACUCUAUUCUUAUGGACUUUCCACCAUGUUCAGUGCAAUCCCAGCAUUUUGUAAAAGAGGAGACAUCAUUGUUGUGGAUGAGGGAGUCCACUGGGGAAUACAAAAUGGCCUUUAUCUUUCUAGAAGUACAAUAGUGUAUUUCAAGCACAAUGACAUGGAGUCUUUGCAAAAUACUCUAGAGAAAAUUACUUUAGAGAACAAGAGGGCUAAGAAGCUGCGGCGUUAUAUUGUGGUUGAAGCUGUGUACCAGAAUUCUGGCCAAAUAGCUCCAUUAGAUGAGAUUAUCAGAUUGAAGGAGAAAUACCGCUUCCGUGUCUUAUUGGAUGAGAGUAACUCAUUUGGUGUGUUGGGCAGCACUGGAAGAGGUCUCACCGAGUUCUUUAGGGUUCCGAUUGAGAAGAUAGAUAUUAUAACUGCUGCCAUGGGACAUGCAUUAGCCACAGAAGGAGGAUUCUGCACUGGAAGUACUCGAGUCAUUGAUCAUCAACGUCUGAGCAGUUCUGGAUAUGUCUUCUCUGCUUCUUUGCCCCCCUAUCUCGCAAGUGCUGCAAUUACUGCUGUCGAUGUCCUGGAGGAAAAUCCUGAUCUGAUUAUGAAGCUGAAGGAAAAUAUUGCUGUAUUAUGGCAAGAAUUGUCAGAUAUACAAGGCCUUUCAAUAGCAAGCAAUCCACUAUCACCCAUAGUCUUUCUCAGACUAGAGAAUUCGACAGGUUCCUUAAAGAAUGACCUCCACCUGCUUGAAGAUAUUGUGGAUCACAUGCUGAACAAAGACUCUGUUUUUGUUGUGGCUUCCAAGAGAUCCACACUUGAUAAAUGUCGUCUGCCUGUUGGAAUCAGACUAUUUGUUUCUGCUGCACAUACCGAAUCUGAUCUCUUGAAGGCAUCUGAAUCAUUGAAAAGAGCUGCAGCAUCAGUGCUGGCGGGUUCUAGUUGACAGGUGCAUGCCAGAUCUCAAUUUUUAACCUCAUUGCAUUCAUUGAACUAUUUAUUGUGUCAUGCCAGCCAAUGAAGAAAUGAGGCUCCCACCCCCAACAGAAAAAAAUAUGGAAAAAGGAAAGAAAAAAAAAUGUCUCGAGGAUAUUGAUAAUUUAUGUAACACUUUAAGUUGGUUUUUUUUUUUUUUUUCUUUUUCCUUUUAAAUAUUCAACAUGCAAGUAGAGUAGAGUGGUUAAAAAUACUGGUUUUUGUCUUGAGGUAAUAUCUGUUAAUUGUCACUUUGAGAUUGAUUGUGGCUUGUGGAAGUCUUGUUGCAUUUUACAAGUAUUCUAUUUUGAUGUUAAUCCUUUGGUGAAA